UAAACAAACUCCAUUACUCCAGUAUCUUCAGCUUCAGAGGCUCUUCAGCUAUGGCAGCCGAGAAUUCUCCAGACGUCGAUACGAGUCUCGAUUCCGAUUCAAACCCCAACACUAACGUCAAUGCUGAUGUGAUCACUCACGACUCUUCCAAUGCGUUGGCAAUCCCUUCUCCCGCCGUUUGUCUCGUCCCUUUCGCCGGAGAUGCUGCCGGCGGCGCCGUCAUGGGCUCUGUAUUCGGAUAUGGUUCCGGAUUGUUUAAGAAGAAGGGGUUUAAGGGAUCGUUUGCUGAUGCGGGUCAGUCUGCUAAGACUUUUGCGGUUUUAUCUGGAGUACACACUUUGGUUGUUUGCCUUCUGAAGAAACUGCGUGGGAAAGAUGAUGCGAUUAACGUUGGAGUUGCUGGGUGCUGCACUGGACUUGCUCUUAGUUUCCCCGGUCCACCACAAGCAAUGCUACAAAGCUGUAUCACUUUUGGUGCCUUUUCUUUCAUCCUUGAAGGACUCAACAAAAGGCAAACAGCUUUGGCUCACUCUGUCUCGCUGAGACAUGAUCAAAGCAGAAGUCUCAAAGAUGAUUUACCACUCUCUUUGGCUAUCCCAAUCCACGAAGAAAUCAGAGGAGCUUUCUCUUCUUUCUGCAACUCUUUAACAAAAUCCAGGGAGGUCGCAUUUCCCCGCGCACGUUGAGUUUUGUUUCUUUACAACCUGUUUUUUCAGACCUUUUGUAGAUGUUGAAAACAUGUGAAAAUGGUUUUGCGGCUUAAGCCAAUGAGAAAUGGAGAUAUAUGUCUUAA